UGGACAUGCCUAAAGACAGCAAACGGAGCUCGCUCGAUUGACGACCUCGCUCUUAUCGCUAGGACUCACAGCAUUUAAUUGUGUCGUCUUCACGUAGAAGUGGAAUUCGUACCUUUGACUCCAGAAAAUUAGUUUGUCGACUCAAGACGGGAAAAAUCGCACGACGAACUUUGCACGAACCUCGAGCGGUGGGGUAGUUUUAGUUCUUUUAGACCUCAUGUGCCCAGCUGAUUAACGCUUUUAAAAGGUUUUCAUUUGCAAAGAAACAAGGAUGUACCGAACCCCGUUUGGGUUGGCUUUGCCAGCGCACGUUUUACCAGAGGCCACCCAGAUAUCACAGACAGGUGCAAUCUCUGCCCGCAGUCCAGGGGGACCACUGUGCGAGAACGGAAGACCUUUUGUAACCGACCCCUGCACGGGACAGGCAGUGUGUUUGUGUCAACUCGGUGUGGAGGGAGUAAAAUUCCACCCUGUUAUCGGCACCCCUGAAGGGCUCAGGUCUCUAGGACACUCCCCCGGAUCCGCCGAACCGUCCGCGUUCCGAUCACCCUUAACAUGCACCACUGGUCUCCGACUUGAUCGGCACGAAGAAGCCUGGAAAACGGUUCCCGCUGCCUUAGCUCAUCCGUACGAUCCGGCGUUGGUACUUCACCCUUACAGCACUUUUUACGCUGGGUUGGAUCUGAAUAGCGCCGCGAGAAGAAAGGCCGCCACGAGGGAAACUACAAGUCCCCUGAAAGCAUGGCUGAGCGAACACAGGAAGAACCCGUACCCGACCAAAGCCGAGAAGAUAAUGCUGGCCAUCAUAACGAAGAUGACUCUCACCCAGGUCUCGACGUGGUUCGCCAACGCGAGGAGGAGAUUAAAGAAAGAAAACAAAAUGGGAUGGGACGGCAACGACAAGGGCGAUGACAAUGACGAUGAGGACGAUGAGGAUGACGAUGACGACGAUAGUUUGAACGAAAAGGACAAAAAUAAAUCGGACCUGUCAAACAAAGGCAGCAACAACGUCUCUUCAGCCGGGCAUACCGACGACAGCGACAUUGAUCUCGACAUCUCAGACAUUUCUGACGACGACACCAUCUGCUACAACCAAAACAAAGAUAACAAGCUGUCACGUGACACGGACAUGCCCCACCCAGGCAGUGUGUUCAGUUCCCACUUCCCCGGUGUUCCCAUUCCCAGAAUUCCUGGCGUCGCAGCCGGAAAUAGCAUCGUAAACGGAAGUGACAAUCGGCAGAGCAUAACCGUGAACCGGAAUUGUGAUCAAGACAGGAAUGUGAACUCAAAUUCCAAACCCAAAAUUUGGUCAAUAUCCUCAAUCAUGGGACUCGAUGCUAAGGAAACCAAAGGACAAAUUGUUACCGUUAAUGGACAUUGUGAAACCAGCACGUCAAAUUCCUCUUUUCAGUCGGACAAUGGUGCCAGAAAUACUCUGCCAAACUCUAAUUCCAUAGCAAGGACACCAACAAAGAUUGACUCGGUCGCCCAGUCACUUUCUGUGACGCCACACAACAAAUAUUUCGAAAAUACCUCUUCGCCUAGGAAGUCCAGUUCCUCCGUCAACUCUGUUUCAAGACCCACCCUGGAUACUCCUCCCGACACCCCUCCAUUUGAGAAUGAACCCAUUCCAAGCAAAACCCACAGUGAAAAGAACUUUGUGUAUGAUGCCGUGAACAUGAGAACCAAACAUAAUUCAGAUUCACACAAGUCAACGUGACUGAAGUAAAACAAAAGUCUGCAGAAGAUGUGAUAACAAAUAUAUAUCUGAUCCACUGUUCAAGAGUCAUUCCAGAAGUUUGAUUUUGUUUCAGUAAACGAGGACAUCAGUUCAUAUUUAAUCAAUAUGGCUACUAGAGAUGCGUGGACAAUCACACCUAGCAUUCAGUGACGACCUGAUAGAAAUAGCUGAUGAAAAAAUUAAAAUCAUGCUACGCACACCGUUCACCGAAAUGGACAUCUGUAUUAUAAUUCCAUGUUUUGAAAGAAACACAAUAUUCAAGGGAAAGUGCUGUACUUUACGCCCCUUCCUGAACCCCUCUGGACUUCAUCGAAAUAUAUGUGUACGUUUUACCGAAACAGAUGUGUGAUUUUGAAAGGAGCAAUAGCCUCGAGUUAGUCAACAUGUAUGUUUCGCAUAUCAAUUUCACGUUAUUUGUGUCAUAUUACACCGAAUAAAUUCAUUAUUCUAUGUACAAACACUGUGACAGUUACAAGACAUGUUUUAGAAUCAGUUUAGUAGUGGGAGUCGCCUGUGUUUUGGAUAUGGUAGAAGGAGCCACAUAUUUACGAAUAUACACUACAAAGGUUAAUAACAAUUCCAUUAAGAUCUUACCUGAUGAGAGGAUGUGACGCAAAAGAACAAUCAAUUAUUCUUUGAUGUGGACAAUACACAGACAACCCAACGACUAUUUAAUGAUUGGUUUGUGUAGACGAGUACAUAUUGGACACAUCGCAGUUUACAUUCAUACUGUUCGCUAUACACUGAAUAUACAAUUGUCAAUAAAAUAUUUUAUUUUAUUUAACAA